CAGCCAAAUGAAUCCCUGAAGCUAUUCAGAGCGAAGUCUACGGGGUCCAUGAUCAACUGACACUCGUAUCCUGCAGCGCACUGCCUCCACAUGCUGAAGGAGGCUGUCAUGUGCCAGGGUGACACCACUGUUCUUACUAUGAUAUGGGCCGACUACCGACUACGCCCAAUAGGCAAUCUCACAUCUCCACAUGAAUGCGUCAAUUGGGAUCGGUUAAUGGACUGGGUAACACCCAAUUCCCGGGACUUAACUGCCCCAGGAUGGCUUGUGCACCCCAAGUUCGGCUCGGUCGUAGUGGAUGGUCACUGGGGUAAUGGUCCAAUCUACUAAUAGUCAAGUAGCCUGUCGCGCCUUAGGGUAUCGCUCCACGUAACAACAGAACUUUGCUUGGCUUCAAAGACGAUCGCGCCUUUCAUGACAAUAACUGCAACAAGUAUCCGGUGAUCGCUGUAAGCAAAAUGAGAGGCAGAGGAGUUACC